UUACACAAAUGGCACUAAAAAGGUAUAUUAUUCCAAAAAUGGCACUUUCUUUUGAAACUUCCAAAAAUAGCACACAAAGUUUAGAAAAUACACAAACCUACCUAAUUUCAUUUCUUCCAAACCCGACGACUUCCAAAAACAUGUCGCUUUCGACGACUCCGUCGCUCACCGGAUCUGAUUUCUUCACCGGAGAUUCGAAGACUUUGCCGGAGAUCCGCAGUUUCGUCAGAUUCAUUAGGCGUUAUCUCAUCCGACGCCGAUUGUGCAGGAAAAUUGGAUUCAUUAGGCGCCUCCGCCGGAAUCUGGAACGUCUCUGCUGGAAUCCUCUUUACUCCGGCACCAGCACUCUUGCUCUGGUUGCUCGUGCUUCGGCUUUUGGGUUGGUUCUUAUCUAUCGCAACAUCAAGCUCAAGGCUUUGAAGGUACAUCUCUAUCCCCUUGUCUUGUUUUUAUCAGAUCCUGAAGAGCUUCAAAGUAAUGGAUUUCUGCGAAUUGUUACUCUUGUUAACCCGAUUUAGCUGUGUCUUGUUAAAUUUGGAAUCUUUAUCUCGUUUAUGAAUGAUUUGAUUAUGGGUUAGCUUUGAAUGUAGUGCUCUUUUUUUUGAAUGAAUCUAAUGUCAGCAGAAUGCUUUGAGUUUUUGACGCAUGUGUUGUUUAUAGAUUUUGUUGCAUUCAAGAUGAUCUAUUGAAGAUUUUUGUGAUCUAUUGGACUGAUACAUUACAAGCUAAGACAGUUUAAGACUAAGACUGUUCUGUUUAAGACUAAUACAAUUUAAGACUAAGACUGUUUAAGACUAAGACAAUAUAAGAUUAGUUUAUCACUUUAGAUGAGUUUAGUUUUUGUCACAAUUUGAGAGAUAUAUUGUCACAUAGUUAUAGAUUCAAGUUUGUGAUAUGAAGAUAUGAAUAAACAUUCUUUACUUGUUUCUGUAGUGUUAUUGUCUGUUCUCUUUGCUUGAUAGAGUUGUUUUAGUUUGCAUUCUAGAAAGGUCUUCCUGAUUCGGGAAGGUCUUCCUAAUUCGGGAAGGACUUAUAGUAAUUCGGGAAGGUCUUCCUGAAUAUUUAUGUUUACUGAUUUCCUUUAAUUUUAGUUGCAGGAAAAUGGGAGAUUCGUUUCCAACAGAUGUCAAACUGCCAACGCUUCUGUACAAUAUAGGACAAGAGCCAAAUUCAAAUGAUGGGAUAAAUCAAUGUGUAAGAUAUGAGUAUAUCGAUAAAGUACAACGCAUCUUCUCUGCUACAGAGUUUCAGAGAAUCAGAGAAUUGAAGAUUUCUCCAAGCUGCGUGAUAUAGAUUCAGAAGACAUCAGAAACAAGUUGGUUGUGGAUAUCUUCAAUGAGUGUGUUAAGAUUUCUUAGGACUAUCUUUCUUUAUUGGAUGUAUGAUGCUUGUGAAACCGUUUUAGACUGUUUUGGUACUUCUAUGAUGGUUCUGAACUAGAAAAGUAUCAUCUGUUUCUAUU